CCAAAACACAAACAAAAAACCACCCACAGAACUACAGUAUAGAAAGUGGGGGAGGACCACAUCUUUGGGGUCAUUUGCAGUUACCCCAUCUCCAAGGCAUUUUGCAUAAGACCUUUAUCCAAGAAUGGGGUUAGGCUGGAGGUUUUAAGCCAGUUAAAUCUCCCCCAAAUCCUGUCUUGCUUCUACCAUGGGCGUCUAGAAGUAGAGGCUGAAAGCUCCAAGAGGAGCACAUCCGCCUGAUUUUCUACCCCUCGCCACAAUUAGGACUUUUAUGGCCAACUAGGGAACAGAGAAUAAGACUCUACACCUGGGUAGGAGCAGCCCAGGUAAAUGAUGGUAUGGAAAUGGCAGUUAAUGGAGUAGAAGGCUAGAUGCUCAAAGCAGUGGAUCUGAGCGUUAGUUCCUUGACACUUUACAGGAGCAGGUAGGGUGAGUACAGCCCUUGUGAAAAGCUACCCAAAUGACUACUGCUCCAUGCCCUCCUUUGCCUGCUCUCCCCACCCCAGCUUGCAGCGUCUGGAUGGGCCGUGUGCAGGGCGUCUGGCCCCAGGGAGAGGUGGGGUGAGUUGCAGCCCACACCUAUUCAACUAUAAAUAAGGAGCCUCCAGCCAGUGCUGCUUCAGCCUCUCUUCCUCAGCACUGACAAUACCAGAGCCACUAGCACACCUGGACCAUGGACCCUGGGGAUUGCACCUGUAUGUCUGGAGGGAUCUGUAUCUGCGGAGACAACUGCAAAUGUACAACUUGUAACUGUAAAACAUGUCGCAAGAGCUGCUGUCCCUGCUGUCCGCCAGGCUGUGCCAAAUGUGCCCGGGGUUGCAUUUGCAAAGGAAGCUCAGACAAGUGCAGCUGCUGUGCCUGAAACCCGCCCACCGUGCCGGGAGAGAUCCCGGGACAGUGUCUGUACAGUGCAUGUGUCAAGAAGUUGAGAAGAUUGUACAAUAAAUUGUGCUUUUUAUAUAUUUGCCCAAGUAGUGUUGGUGACUUUUGUGUAAAGUGCUUGAAGCAAUAAAACUUUCAUUCAUGGUAGUCCAGUGAGCAUUGUUCCCCUAACUUAGCAAGACCAGGCAGGGCUGGCUGGAGCUGCCCACCUGCUUCUCUUGCCCAGAGCUACUCACCACAGAGUGUGGUUGCUUUGUCUGGGCUUCCUCACUGUGCUCCAAGAUGGCCCCAGGGAGUCUUUAACCAGUGACAGAAGUGGGAGAUAAAUACCCAGAAUCCUCCUCUCAGUGGGACAAUUCAGAGAUUUGCCUCAGAAGUCUCCAGCAGCCCUGAGACAAUCACCCAUGGCAUCUCCUGUUCAUUAACCCACACUUCUUGUUUGCUUGCUCCACAUCCUCAUUCCCUAUCAGUGCUUCCUGGGGUUCUACCAAAAGACCACUUUGUGGACAGCAUCUGCUUUGGGAAAACAAUAGCAGAACAUCUUUGUACAUAGCAGGACUCUGGUAAAAUG